AUGAAAAUGGUCGGAAGGAUCUUUCUCCUUUUUCUCUCCGUCUCCGUCACUGUGGUCAUCGCCGGAAAUGGUACACCACCAACAUUCACCGAGAAAGGCAAAGCCUUAGCCGAGAAACUCUGCGAGAAAUCCGAAGACAAAGCGUUUUGCGUUGCGAGUCUAACGUCGCGUCCCGAAGCAAACACCGCAACCGCGCCGAAACUCGGCGUGAUCGCGUUGAGCAUCGCGUCCACAAACGCUUCCGACACGUCUUUCUACAUCAAAGCUAAGCUAAAACAGAAGAACCUCGAACCGGCUUUAGAAGACACGCUCGACGAUUGUUCCAAGAAUUACUUGGACGCGGUCGCACAGCUCGACGAUUCUCUCGCCGCUUUGCUCGCGAAUUCGUACAUCGACGUCGAUAUUUGGCUCAACACGGCGAUUAGCGACGGCGAGGCUUGUGAGAGCGCUUUGAGCGAACGUGCCGGGAACGAUGCUGAGCUUGCUCGUAGAAACACAAACUUCUUGAAGCUUUGCAAGGACGCUCUUCUCAUCAACACCAUUCUAACUCCAUAA